UAUCACCACACCGACCUUGUGUCGGCGUUCAACAUAUCAAUGAGUGGACAGAUCAACAAGUCUACAGAUCCAAGACACGCGAGGUUUGGACCGGGGGUCUAUCUGACUGAAAUAAACUCCAACGCUUCCGUCAAAGAGAUUUUGAUGAACAAUUACGACGACGAUGUUUCAAAAAAAAAGGAUGAGGAAACUUAUUGAAAGAAGAGGGGAGAAAACUGACGUUUGCAUCGAGCUGAAACUAAUCAGCAGCCUCUUUAAAGAAAAGGUGGAGAAGUGCGACACUACGCGAAAUAUCUUCUUGUAAAAGGGAGACUUGAUCUUAGCUGACAUGGAUAAAGUCGUAUUACACGUUCGAGAUGAUGAAUAACUGCCUCAGUAGAAAAACAAAUGUAUAAUAAUCUUGAAACGAUGAUUUUAACUUGAAAUUGUUUUCCCGUUAAGAUUUUCUUAAAACGUGUAUUAUAUAUAGUCAAUUUUCAGAGAAUUUAUUUUGCUUUCCCAUGAUUUUGGCUAGAUUUUUAAUCUUCUUAACUUGUGACUCAGCACACGCAAAUAUGUACUGAAAAAUAUAUCAGAAAAAUAAAUGUAUAUAAUUGUGGUUUUAGUUAGAUGCAUAUCAACUUUCACAUAGUUGUAUAAAUCGGUGUGAAGCAUCAGUGGCAGUGACAUUAUAUAAAUGUUUGUAUUAUUGAUGAAUCGAUUAUCGAACUCAGUCGAUAACUCGUGACUGACAAUGUUAUGUCGGCGUCAUUCGAUAUUGGUUGUCUAAUUUAAAUUCGGUAAUAUUACUUGCGGUAAAUACGUUUUAUUGUGUAAUGUGAUUCAAGUCUAGUAAAUGUUAAAAAUCCGGGGAAUCAUUGUUGAGAUUAUUAAACAAGGGAGGUCACUCUCAUACACUAUGUCGAUGAAUGUAAACACGUUUACUCUAAUCAUUACAAAUACUCUCUGUAUACAAAAUGUGUUGAAUUGUUCAUAAUUCAUAGAACCUUCUGUAUUUAACAUUUAAUUGGUCAUGAUGAUACUUUGUUUAACGAAUGUUUUCCGAAAUGAUAUUACGUACUUUCGAUCAUUGUCCGUUAGUAAAUCGAAAUGCUUGGUCCGAUUUGAUUCUAUUAUCGAUAGCAUAUUAUAUGGAUAAUAGAGUCCGAUUUUCAAACACUAGUUUAUAUACAAUUAUAUUUUAUAUACAAAACAAGUGUUCACCACAAAUGUCCGAUAAUGUCACCUAUGGUUUGUAAGCUGCAAUUAGAAUGAUAAUCGAAUGCAUUUGUAGUCGCAAUUAACAUUGCAAGCACUCUUAUUCCCAAAUAAGAAGUACCACAAAUAAUGCAAUUGUUAGAAAUUAUCGAAAAGAGUGAAUAAAUAUCAAAAACAAUGGUUCUUAUGCAGGUUACCGUGUUUAAUUUAAAAAAACAACUAUGAAAUUACGGUUUUUCUUCCUUACAAAUAAUGUACUUUCAAAUCGCCCGCCAUCUUCCGUUCGUAUUCGGAAAAUGCUAAUUUGCAUAAUUUAUGCCAACCGGAAGUCAUAAAGCGAAACGACAACUCUCACGAAAGUAAAACGCAAAAAGACAGAAAAUGGACAGAUCGUCAGGAUCGUCGUCCCCAGUUCCUUCAAGUGAAUCAUCUACACAAAGCCGUUCACGAAAGAGGCAUCUUGAAGAGCCCUGCGCGGGACCAUCUAAGAAAAGGAAAAAGCCCCAAGCCCCAGUGCCAAAAGGAAAAGGUACCAGCCGAGGGAAGGGGAAAGGAAAGGGGAAAGCCCCUGCUGCCUCGGCCAGGCGAAGAAAGAAUGAUGAUGAAGAGUUUGAGGAAGAGCAGGUUCUUUUGAAAAAACAGCAGGAAACCAUGAGGGCUGAGGUUGGUCGACUGACCAAGCGGCAAAUGGCAGAUAUUCUCUGCCAAGCCAUCAAUUUUGACCCCCGCCUCAUGAUGCAGCCAGCCGCCCGCCAGCCAGGAGGAUACCACCCUCAACCAGGUGAUGCUGUUCCAAAUUGGUGCAUUUGCGGGAGGUGUCGAGAAAUGCCCACACAAUCUGAAAGGCGGUGCUGCGGAAAGGCCAAGUGCCUUUCUCUUUACCCAGACUUUGACCUUCUUAUCCUACAUGAGAGAGUCCUUGCCCUGGCUCGCAUCUUCCGGAGGGACCUGCUUGUGUUUGAAGAUGACGUUGACCUUAUGAGGGCAAACAGACACCAGGCUUACCGCCAAUUCACACUUUGGAGUUAUGGAAGGCUUGGGGCUGGGGACAGGAGGGUGAUUCCUUCAUGCUGUGUCUGGCGAAUCAGGGACAAGUUUCCUGAUCCGUUUGGCCAGUACAAGGGAUAUAUUCGCAGUCGCCUCGGCUAGAGUUAUGGAAACAGCUUGCUGCUUUUUUUUUGCUUAUUUGUGUGAAAAGCCAUUUAUAAUUCCAUAAAUCUAAAAUUGAACCUGUAGUCUUUCUAUAACAUCCUAUGGUAACAAUAUUAAUUUCUUUACUUUUGAAUAUCUUUCUGUUGAAAAUGAAUCUUAUAUUUGUCUGAGACCAUGCUGGAAAUAAUAAAGUUGUUUUGUAUUAAAAGGCUCAUCAAUUAUCAGCAAAGUCACAACAUCACAAGUCAGGUUAAAGGUUUAUUGUUCAAACAAACAAACUACUAUUUCAAAAAAUAAUCAUGCAUACCAUCUUAUAUCAGCUCUUCAUAAUUAUUGCUAAUUUUUUUCAGAUCUGCUCUGUGACACUUUGCAUAAUGCCAUUAUGUUAUGUUGACUUUGCCUUCAAUCAUUAAAGCUGCACUCUCACAGACUGAACUUUUUCACAACUUUUUUUUACUUUUUGUCUUGGAACGAGGCAAUUUUUGCUAUAUAAGGCUGUAAAGAAUUUUUUUUUCGCAAAUUCUAUAUUCGGUUAAAAAAAGAUGUUUAAUGCAUUUUUUCUUUCUUAGUAACGGGUUAGCCAUUAAACAUUAAUUUUCGAGGGGAAAUACGAAUCUGUGGUCUGAUCUUUUGGCAGCAAUCUUUUAUCAUUGGUUUGCAGAUAUUUGUGCCAAAAAUCGCUCUUUCAAAGACAAAAAAAAUAGUUGUAAAAUUGGUAUAUCUUUGAAAGUGCAGCUUUAAUUUCACUUUCAAUAUCUUUGAAUAACUGUUAUUGAUAUUAUUUUGUCUGACUUUGAGAUUCCCAUGUGCCAUGUACAUACACUUUCUUUUCACUUUUUUUAUUACACAUUACAACCGACUUGUUGUAUUGCACCAGCAUGACCCUAAAGGUACUUGCUCAUGUUUUAUACCAAACAUUAGUUUUCUCUGUUAUGGGUUUAGAAAAUUGUUUUAUCAUAUUUUUUCUCUAUAGUAUUGAAAUUGCAAAAAAAUAUCUUCAAAGUAUAAAAAAGUCUUUUGUUUGAAAUAAGGUGCAAACCCACGCCAAUCAAGUCUGAAAAACCGAUGCCUUAACCACAAGGCCACAAGGAAAUAACCAAAGAAGUUGAUAUUUUGACAUCCUAACACUGAAUUGAUAAUGUCAAUAAACCAAUCACACAACAACAAAGCUGUAAUAAAGGAACAAAAUGAACUGAUUUUGAUGACACUUUAUUUCUUCAUACUAAAAAAGUGCAUUUUUGCAAAAACAUGAGCGAGUACCUUUAAUCAUUGUACAUAAGAUUUUCCAUUAACCGCAUGUAACUGAUUGAAGUAUUUUAUGUACAGUGUAUAAAGUAAAUCAAACUUGUUUUAAAUUGCCUCUACAAAUGUUCAGUUAAGUGUUGUGUUUUUUUUAUUCUUGAACAAGAUUAUUUGUUUCAGUUAACUUUGGAAAUCUCUCUUUUGUAAAGAUAUUUACAUUUUUUUGAAGUAUAGUAUAAUCUUGUAUAGAAAAUAAAAUAUUUCAACUACAUUUUGCCUUUCAAAUUGUUUUUCAGUGGAUCAAUGGAGUAUUAAAAUGCUUUUAUCUAGGAGCAUUUAGAUUUUUCCUGACAAUAAUUUAUUGACCAAAUAUAUAGUGUCUCAACUUUCAGCUUAUCAGUGGAUUUCGGGUCAUAUUUAUCACAGUGAGCAAUAAGGAGCCAUUACUUUAGGUGUUUGGCAAUAUGCCAAACAGAAAAUGUCUUUUUAAAAUCUCAGUUCAAAUGAAAGAACUUCACACCCUGGAUCAUGACACCAAAUGACAUGUCAUUUUAACUAGAAGAAUGACUUAUUGUUGAUUUAUGACAAUGACUUAUUUGAUUUGGAUGACAAAAGUCACUGCACCUUGCAUAAAUGAGAACAAAUUUUGGACAUGACUAAACUAAAUAAAUAAAAGCUAACAAACAUGUCUUGGAAGCAAUGAAUGAAGGAAUCAGGUUUCCCUGAAAUAACUAUAACUGUCUGCAGAAGGUCGGGUUAUCAAUAAAUAAUAUAAUUUCUUUGGCCAAGUGCAGCUUAGAAAUUCUAUGGUAUCAGUUUUACAGUUGGUAGUAUUAAUUAAAACUAGUAAAACAAGAGAUGUUUGUCAAACAUUGUGCCCCCCCUCCCCCCCC